AUGUUUCAUUUUAUACGAUUCCAAGGAAACCCAUUGGAAGGUACAAGACAUUUCUUCAUGCUAUACAGAGAAGAAGACAACUGGAGGCCUUCUCAGCAUUCUCGUAUUUGUAGCAGACAUUUUGAGAAUGGGAAGAAACUUGACAUUCCAGAAUCAAAAAGCUAUGUGCCAACAUUGGAGCUGCCAAAGAAAUCAUUUCAGACUGCUAGACGUAAAAUUGUUUACAGGGGAAAGAUAGGAAAACAAAACAGUUUAUUAUUGGCGAUGUUGGCAGCAGAACCUGAUCUUGAUGCUUUCAAAGAUGAAGAGUCUAAAGUUCACAUUUCAGAACAGACACCUAAGAGUUUUACUGUGGACACGGGAACCCAGUAUGAUGUCUCUGAUAUACCUGUCAGCACUGUACCACCAACUGAACAUGACUACUGUUUUCCUGUAACGAAACCUGCAGAAUAUAUGGACAUUGAUUCUUUGAAAUCAUACACAAAAUCUUUAGUGGAGAAGCUUGAAAAACAGACUGAUAAACUAACUGAUUUGAAAGCUAGAAUUGCAAAUCUGACAGCAGAGGUAGAGUCGUAUCGCAGUAGGGAAUUUACUCUUGAUAGUAUUAAGAAUGAUGACAAAGCUGUUAACUUGUACACAGGUUUUCAAUCGUAUAAUGCACUGAUUGCUUUUUAUAAGUUCCUUGAGAGUAAGGCUGAAAAUUUACAGUACUGGAGAAAUUCAAAAACUACGUCAGAACCCACAGUAUUAUCAGACUUUGGGCAGAGGGAAACCAGGUCGUAA